AUGAAACCAGUACUUCGUGCUGCCCUUCUGGGUACUGCACUAACCAGAGGCGUCCUUGGGAAUCUGGACAAAUGGAUGGGAGGAGGCGACUGUCCGUGGUCCGAUAAAACUGUCACUGGAUCUCACCCGCAGAAAGAUAUGCCCGACACUGCAGGCGCUACAAGAUACUAUAACUUCACUAUUUCUCGGGCGACACUGGCGCCUGAUGGGGUGCAAGUGCCUACGAUAGUCGUCAAUGGGCAGUAUCCCGGUCCGUUGAUCGAGGCGAAUUGGGGCGACUGGAUCGAAGUCAACGUCUACAAUGACAUCUAUGGUCCUGAAGAUCUGACCACGAUGCAUUGGCAUGGCUUGAAUCAACCCGGCACACCGUACUUCGACGGCGUCAGCACAGUUUCACAAUGCCCUAUCGUCCCCGGCUCCAAUUUUACCUACCGAUUCCGUGCCGAUGAAUAUGGUACCUCGUGGUAUCACAGCCAUUAUUCGGCACAAUACACUGCAGGUGUCCAUGGGCCGAUUGUCAUUCAUGGCCCCCAUGAGAGUGAUUAUGAUGUGGACUUGGGCCCAAUCUUGGUGACCGAUUGGUUUCACGAUACUUACAACCAUAUCGUCGACCUCGUCUUGAGCCCAACCAGCGGUGGACCGCCCUUCCGGCCCUUCUCGGACUCAAAUCUUGUCGGCGGUGUCGGCCAAUAUCCUUGUGCCAAUGUGACCGACGGCAAGCCUUGCAGUGUGGUCCCAUUUGCAUCGUACGAGUUUCAACCAGGCAAGACACAUCGGCUCCGGUUUGUCAACACCGGAGCAUCUGCCUUUGAGACCAUCUCCGUCGACGGCCAUACAAUGACUGUCAUCGCCAAUGACUUCGUGCCUGUCCAGCCAUAUCAAGCAGAAUUCGUCACUAUCGGCGUCGGCCAGCGUGUGGACGUGCUCGUCACGGCCAAUGCUACCCCGGGAUCCUACUGGCUCCGUGCUCACAACUCCCCCGGAUGUGGUGAAACUAAUGGUCCUGAUGGUCGAGCCAUCAUCUACUAUUCCGGCAUCGAUCCCACCGUUGCGCCCACCAGUACAGGAGCCGCCGUGCCCGCCAACUUGAUGUGCGCCAACGACCCGCUCGGCAGCACCGUGCCUGCGUACGCCAUCGCAGCCGCCCAGGCUGAUACCACAAUCACUCUAACUAUCGGCAUUGCGACCAACAGUACAGGGGCUUUUCACUGGACGAUUGACGGCGUAUCCUACAUGGGCAAUCUAGACGCUCCCAUUCUGUUCGCCGGCCUGCAAGCACAAGCUGCCUCUCUCCCAGUAGAACGCCAGAUCUACAAUAUGGGCACCAACGGCACUGUGCGGAUCAUUGUCAUCAACAACAGCCCCGCGCCUCAUCCCAUGCACAUCCAUGGGCACGACUUCCAAGUUCUAGCGGAAGGCUUUGGCACGUGGGACGGCACCAUUACCAACCCGUCGAACCCGCAGCGACGGGACGUCCGUAUGCUAUGGGCCGGCGCGAAUCAGACCAACCCGACAUAUAUGGUGCUGCAGUACGAGCAGGACAACCCGGGCGUGUGGCCUUUCCACUGCCAUGUCGCAUGGCACCUGAGCGCGGGACUGGGUAUUAUGCUGCUCGAGCGGCCGGACGAGCUGGCUCAGAUCCAAAUCCCUGACUCGGUCUCCAACACAUGCACUUUGUUCCAACAGUGGCAGACGACCAAUCCUACUGCAGACGUGGACGAUGGACUCAAAAAACGACGUGUCGCCGCACAGCGUGUGGUCGAGUACAUGAAGGCCGAUCCCGAUCGGGCCAGACAUGUGGACAAGCACAAGAGGCGCGGCGUCCGGGGUUGGGGACAUGCCAUGGACCCUGGCUCGCAGGUGGUUCCCAGCAGGUUUGGCUCGAGUAAGGCCAAAAGGGCUCCCGUGGACUUGGGGAUGAGAGAUGACGUGUAG